UGUCCUCCGCGUAAACGCAUCUUGGGUCAGAGAUCUCGUGAUGAAUAUUCUUCACAUGAAGCAUUUACACCCUCCUUACUGUUCGCAGGCUAUCAUGUUCAGCCUGCAUGUCGCGGCUACGUCAGGUGUGCGCUGCGGGGGACGUAGAGGUGGCAUGUGUUGUUGACGCCUCUUCACUCUCGCACCGGGUCGGACAGGAGGACACACGCCCCGCUGACAAGGAGCAUUAAGUGUUACGUGCAAGGAGCAGCUUUCUAAUCUCUGAUCUCUUGGAUUACUCCUCCGAUGGACUGGAUUUGGCUCCUGUCGGUGGUUUUGGGGCCAUUAUUUUACGCACGGCGUGCACCGCUUUUGUGCAGCUCAUAUUUGCGCCCCUGGCAUUUGCAUGAUGGAUUAAACUCAUUAGUUUUAGCCUAGUUUUUGAUUUGAGCCCCCUGAACAAUUGUGGAUUAUUUAUGGACUCGCAUCAUGCUUAAUGAUGAUGAUCUUUUGGUCACAGGAGCGCGCAGCGGCACUUUGGAUUAAGAGUCAGGGACCUUCCUCCGCUCUUGGGGCAAGCACCUGUUUAUUCUCCUGAGACACUUUGACCUGCUUUUCGGCUAUUGACGCGCUGGGAUGGAUAGCGAGCUGAGACCCAGGCUCUGUUUCUUGACCAAAGGAGAGCGCGGAUAUGGGUUUCACCUGCACGGAGAGCGGAAUAGGGGCGGGCAGUUCAUCCGCAAAGUGGAGCCCGGCUCCUCGGCGGACCUGGCCGGGCUGCGACCGGGGGACAGGGUGGUGGAGGUGAACGGGGAGAAUGUGGAGAAGGAAAACCACCAUCAAGUGGUGAACCGUAUCCGUGAGGUGCCCCACCGCACCAGGCUGCUGCUGGUGGACAGAGACACGGAUGACUUGCUCCGCAGCCGUGGCCUGGCCUGCACAGAGGACCUGGCCAUUGAGAUGGGGACCCUCUCCCCGCGCCCCUCACCGGGGCCCACCCCUUCCACCUCUCCCAUACCGAGAGGGAGCUCGCCCCAGACACCCAAACCCAACCACACACUCUCAUUCCACCCCCCUGCUGCAGAGUCACCCACAAGCACGACCACACAAGGCAAGGUCAAGAGAUCCUCGGUGACAUCAAGUGCAGGCACAGACACAGAGGUGCAGGUGCAGCCCUCACCAGAGCCGCUGGUUGAGCUCGUUCCCCGUCUGUGUCAUCUGGUGAAAGGGGAGAAUGGCUAUGGCUUCAACCUGCACAGCGAUAAGACGAAGCGUGGACAGUUUGUGCGUUCGGUGGACCCCAACUCAGCUGCUGAGAGUGCAGACAUCAGGCCUGGAGACAGACUAGUGGAGGUGAACGGUGUGAACAUAGAGGGCCUGAGGCACUCAGAGGUGGUGGCAUUCAUUAGAGCAGGAGGGGAGGAAGUGCGCCUCCUAGUGGUUGACCCAGAGACAGACGAGCUCUUCCACAGACUGGGGAUCACCCCCACCACCAGCCAUGAAAAAGAGGUCUAUGUGGAUGAUUCAGCCUCAGAUAGCGCCCCGCCCACACCGUCUCCGACCACUGAACUCCCCGUCGCAGAUCUCCCAAUCAUAAACGUCACGCUGACAGACUCCCCGAUCGCAAAAUCAUCUCCAAAAUCCCGGACCAACGGGAGCUCAGCAUCUCAGUCCUCAAGGAGUUCCAACACCCAAUCAGAGAUCAGCAGCUCGGACAUGAGUUUCCAGGUCCCCGAUGAGGACGACAGGUGUGCUUCGGACCCUUUCGUAGACAGCGGCCUGCGUCUGAGCCCAACAGCUGCUGAGGCUAAACAAAAGGCCCUAGCCUGUCGCAACAAGAAGAGAGCACCUCCUAUGGACUGGACCAAGAGACAAGAGAUCUUCAGCAACUUUUGACUGCAAAAUGCAAGGAGAGACAAAGGGAAGUGCAAGAGCUGCACAGAACAAGGAAAGAUAUUGUAGUUCCUAACUGUUAUAUUGUUAUCUUAACUACUGUACCUCAAUCUUGCAGAGGCACAGGAAAAUAAAAAGAAAAUGAGAUGGUUAGUGACAUUGAUAGAUAUUAUCUUCAGUUCUGCUCUAUGAUGCCAGAUAUAAAAUAGUAUUGUCUAGAUGCUUACUUCACAGUAUCUUUAAGGACAAAGACUGAGAAACACACUGCGUUAAUGACUGUCAGAACAUCUACUGAGAGACACAUCCAUGCAAAUGGUGCCUGCUCAGCACACAGAGCGUUUCUCUUUAUUAAAUCACAGCCACUUCAGAGCCAUGAGUAGUGACUUUAACACUAUACCAGCCUGUUCGUCUGAUUUUGUGCCGUAUUUGCUGUAGAUAGACUUUCCUGUUGCAACUCUGGUGGGUUCUGUUUCCUGGAACAGUUUCAUGUCUUUUCAAAUUUCAGUGAGCUCAUUGUGAGUCCUGGAUUAGUUGUCUCGAUAUUAACAUUUCGUUUUGUCGUUUAUAAUUUAGCUCGUCACUUUAAAUGUAAAUACAGAGGAGAUGGGAAAGGAUAAGUUAUGAAAUGAUGUUGGAUCACCUCAGUGCUUCUCUUCAAUGUUAUAGGGACUAAUGUAAAGAAAAGAAAGAGAUGUUUGAGUAGAAAGAAAAAACUGUUGAAACUCUGAUCUCAUGUUGUAGCCCUUUGAGGAUUUUCUUCUCAAAUGUGCUUGGUUGAAACUUGUCACAAUGGAAAAUAAACUCUUGGAUUAUGUGUAAAUGCCACAACAGAAUGUC